AUUUAUGGUGGGAGUGGAGAAGGAUGAAGAUCACCGCGGGAACUGAAAUGGAUUAUGUCACAGACUUACUCCCACAGUAGUUCGUGUGUGGAUUGAGGAGCGAUGAUGGCUUCUCCGGCUAUUCCUGUGUCUGUUCCUGUUGUUCCGGCAUCAGCUGAGACCAAAACCCCCACGCGCACGCGCGGCGUAAGCAUUCGCUCUCGCCUUAGCAAACUAUGCCAGGAAGGACAGCCUCACCUCGCUCGUCAUCUUCUGGACUCCCUUCCCCGCCCCUCCACCGUCGUGUGGAACACCGUCAUCAUUGGCUUCAUCUGCAACAACAUGCCUCUCCAAGCCCUCCUCUUAUACGCUCGAAUGAAGUCCACUCCCCCCACCCGUUACGAUUCUUAUACCUUCUCUUCCACCCUCAAAGCCUGUGCCCUAACCCACGACCUCAUGGCCGGUAAAGCCCUUCAUUCCCAUUUCCUUCGAUCCCAUUCCAACUCUCGAAUUGUUUACAAUUCCCUCUUGAACAUGUACUCCACCUGCUUGCCCCCUUCCUCCACCCAACCCCAUCAAGACUACGUCCUCAAAGUCUUCCGCGUCAUGCGCAAACGAAACGUCGUCGCUUGGAACACUCUCAUUUCCUGGUAUGUUAAGACCAACCGACACCUUCAAGCUCUUCACGCCUUCACCUCCAUCCUCAAACUCUCUCUUACUCCAACUCCUGUUACUUUUGUAAAUCUCUUCCCCGCUGUUUCCAUUUUUCGCGAUUCUAAAAUUGCUCUCAUGUUUUAUGGUUUGCUUUUUAAAUUUGGUGCUGCGUAUGUGAACGACGUGUUUGCUGUCAGUUCCGCAAUUCUUAUGUUUUCUGAUCUCGGUUGCCUAGACUAUGCUAGGAUGGUUUUCGAUCAAUGUCCCCAUAAAAAUACAGAGGUUUGGAACACCAUGAUUGGUGGCUAUGUUCAAAAUAACUGUCCCCUUCAAGGAUUCCGUGUUUUCGUUCAGGCCUUGGAGUCAGAGGAGGCUAUAUGCGAUGAUGUCACUUUUCUCUCUGUUAUCGCUGCUGUUUCACAGCUCCAGCAAAUCAAUUUGGCUGAGCAGCUACAUGCUUUUGUUCUAAAAAGCUUGCCAUUUUCACCCGUUGUUAUUCUCAACGCAAUAAUUGUUAUGUACUCUAGAUGCAAUUUUGUUCAUACGUCAUUUAAGGUGUUUGAUAAGAUGUCCGAAAGGGAUACUGUUUCGUGGAAUACCAUAAUUUCUGCCUUUGUGCAGAAUGGUUUGGAUGAGGAAGCGCUGAUGCUUGUGUGCGAGAUGCAGAAGCAAAGCUUUGGCCUUGAUUCUGUCACCGUCGCCGCCCUUCUUUCUGCGGCUUCUAACCUUAGGAACUUGUACAUUGGAAGGCAGACUCAUACAUAUCUAAUUCGCCACCGGAUACAAUUUGAGGGAAUGGAGAGUUAUUUGGUUGAUAUGUACGCAAAAUGCGGUUUGAUUCGGAAUUCUGAGUUAUUAUUUGAGAAGAACUGCCCCAAUGACAGAGAUCAGGCCACGUGGAACGCCAUGAUUGCUGGUUAUACUCAGAAUGGGCUCAAUGACAGAGCCAUUCUCGUUCUUAGAGAGACAUUGGCGCACAAGGUAACGCCUAAUGCAGUGACCCUGGCAUCAAUUCUCCCAGCUUGUAGUUCAAUGGGAAGCAUAGCUUUUGCUAGGCAAAUUCAUGGAUUCUCCAUACGCCAUUUCCUGGACCAAAAUGUUUAUGUGGCAACAGCUCUUGUGGACACUUAUUCCAAAUCGGGUGCAAUCAGUUAUGCUGAAAAUGUUUUUAUCAGAACGCCUGAGAGGAAUUCGGUCACAUACACCACAAUGAUAAUGUGCUAUGGUCAGCAUGGGAUGGGUAUGAGAGCUCUUACCCUGUACGAUUCCAUGCUGAGAUCUGGCAUUAAGCCUGAUGCAGUUACUUUUGUUGCCAUCUUGUCUGCUUGCAGUUAUACUGGUUUGGUUGAUGAAGGUCUUCAAAUAUUUGAGUCUAUGGAGAAAGUACAUAAAAUUAAGCCCUCAGUCGAACAUUAUUGUUGUGUUGCAGACAUGUUAGGGAGAGUUGGGAGGGUGGUCGAAGCCUAUGAGUUUGUUGAGGGAUUGGGUGAGGACGGUAAUGCGAUAGAAAUCUGGGGAUCUAUUCUUGGGGCUUGCAAAAAUCACGGGUACUUUGAACUGGGAAAAGCUGUUGCUGAAAAGUUGCUUAAUAUGGAAACAGAAAAAAGGAUGGCAGGAUAUCAUGUUCUGCUCUCAAAUAUUUAUGCGGAGGAAGGCGAGUGGGAAAAUGUUGAUAGAGUGAGAAAUCAGAUGAAGGAAAAAGGUUUGCAAAAGGAAAUGGGAUGUAGUUGGGUUGAGAUUGCUGGAUGUGUGAACUGCUUUGUAUCCAGAGAUGAAAAGCACCCUCAAAGCAGUGAGAUAUAUUAUAUCUUGGACAAAUUGACUAUGGACAUGAAGGAUGCUGGUUAUAAGCCACGUUACGGUUCAAAUAUAAAUAUGAUUUUGGAAUCUAGUGUAUGCAAUGAGUAAUUUAUCUCAAAUUUUAUCAAAGAGAGCUGUUAGUUGCUUUGUGGUGGGGAGUUGUCAAAAAAGUGAGUUCGGUUUGUUGAUAUAGUAGUCGCAGGAUUGAUUAUAAUUGAUAAUAGUUUCAUGACGGGCAUAAGUUCAUCCAAUGUACACUAGGUUAAAACUGCUGGUGGUCAUUCAUUUGAACAGAUUUUCAUUGAUGAACAACACGAGAUUAUGCAGCUGAAUAGUGAAAAGUUUGAUCAUUCUUUUUACCCCCAUUUCAAGAAACAGUGUGACGAUUAUGUAUAUAUGGUGGUGUAAUUCUUCAGCUCGGCUCGGCCUUCUUUACAUAAUGUAGCGUUUCAAUAUGGUAUUGGGCUGCAGUCGUAGUGCCUGUUUGAAUUCUGUAAGCCAAAACUGGACAAUUAAGAGCGGAGUGAAGUGGUUUGGUGAUAAUCGAGAUGUUACUGCGCAAAGAAGUUUAUGGAUAUGAUAAAUUUUAUUCAGGAAACCUCGGGUAAUGGUGUGAGAAGGAGAAAUAAGUGGCUAAAAAUCAGCACGUCUAUCUUGAGGCAAACUUGCAGCUGUGAUUAUUAUUGAGUCUUUUACCCUCUAGGCAGCAUUCAAUGUUAGGCUAACGAUAAGUCUCCCACGGCACUUUAUUGAAUGUAAUGAUUUUUUAUUAUUAAAAAGUAUUUAUUAUGUAAAUCUUAGGUUGAAGAACUAGCAUCUUUGAGGAAUCAACUACCUAAUUCAUUGAUUUUU